AUGGACACGGGGACUUGUAAUGAAGAACUGAGUGAGUCAGGGAAACCAAUGGAUGUACAAAAUGAACACCAGUUAAUCCUUGUGGAGAGUUCUAAGGAUGCUGCCACACCACAGACUGAUUUACCUUGUCUAGAAACUGAGGGUGUGGAAACAAUGAAGGUUUUAUCUGAGGUUGCAGUGGAAAACCUUGCCAAUGUAUCAGCAUGUAUACAUGGGUGUGAGAGUGUGAAAUCUGACUUUGAUGGGCUGACAGCACCUCACUCUGUUACUUACGAGUCUUCUUUUGACACUGAAGGCUGUUGGUCAGCUUCUCUUCGUCCUAGUUGUAAGACUGAAAAUAAAACUGUAGGAAAAAGAAAAGACAAAUCAAAAGACGUGAGAGAGACUGUUUCUUGUCCUGAUCUUGAGUGUGAGAAGAGCAAAUCCUUUGAGCCUGCGCAGAUGAGCCUCUUGGAAAGCUCAGUUCCUGUCCACAGCUGUGGUCCUGUUUCCCUUGAAACUGUUCAAGACAUUCCUCCCAGGGCAUUAGUUGUACUCACAGAAGAUAACACAGCAAAGCCUGCACCUUGGCCUUUAAUCAGCAUUGACAGGACAGAUGAUCAUACUCCUUCUGCUUCUAAAAUUGACAAGGCUAGUAUGACUGAGGUUGCUCUUGUUCCUUCUGAGUGCAAGGAUUGUGUCUCUGAACUUUCCUCUCAUAUUUCUAAGUCACAAAAAAACAUUCUGGACAUUUCUCAUUCUGCCCUGAGAUACAGAGAAAGACCUUUGACCAACUGUUCUGCUUUUGUCUGUGAAAAAGACGGUGUAGACAUAAUUACUGAAUCUCCACCUGCUUCUGAAGAUAGGCAUAUUAAUUUUUCUUCCCAGAAGGAAAACAGUAAUAAGCUUAGGAUAUCACGCACAGUACUUGAUUCUUCAUCUGACAACCAAGGAAAAAUGCCUUCUUCUGCCACUAACUCUGAAAAUGGCCAGAUUGAUAGAUGGUCUGCUGCUUCUGAACAGGACAGCUUUAUUCUUCCAGCUGCUGAUUUUAGGAGAAUAAUCCCUGAGGACAGAGUGCCAGAGUUGCCACUUUGCCUAGGAGAUCCAAGAGCUUCAUGCGUGGCUGGUUCCCUGGAACAUGAGCUUACUCUGGCUAUGCUUGGUCACUCUGCUGCUGGAGUAGAUGUGGGGGGUGUUUGCAUCCCCAGAGCCUCUUCACCUACUCUGGGAUCCAGAGAAGCCUCCAACCUUUCUGUUUCUGCCUUGGAAAUAUUGGGUGUUGCUCAGGGGAACAUUUAUUCCUCCAGUCACAGAGCUGGCGGUGCGGCAGAGGAGGCCUCCUCUGCACAACAGGCUGAUGAUGGUGUCUCGGCAGAGGCAACACCGUCACCUGUCUGUCCUUUGAAGUCUUUGGAAAUGACAUCUGAGUCAGGCUCCACUGACAGCGUGUGCAGAAAUGCUGUUAAUCUUGGUAACCAUGCUUCUGCUAUCUCAGAGGCCCCUUCUGUGACAGAUGAUCAAACAGCUGCUGCACCUGCAAAGUCAAAUGAGCUCUGUUCUGAGGAAGUAUGGGAAGAUACUGGUGUGAAGGCACAAGAAUGUGCUGAAUUCCAAGAUGCUGCUGUUUUGUUUAAAAAGGCUGAGGAAAUAGUGGACUCAGUUUUACACUUGGCUAUAGAAGAAAUAAUAGCAAAACAAGCCAUCGGUGUCUGCCAGCUUUGUGGGAGCAAAGAUGGUUUAAUAAAUACGGAUAUUCUAAAUGAUCGGAAAGCUGGAACUGUACAGCUGGAAGCAGAAGAAAUCCAGUCAGCUGUGCAGUCGUUAAAACAUUUUAAUGAAAGCAGUGCAGGAGGCUCAUCUUCAUUUACAGGAAAUGAAAUGGUGGAUACAAAUAAGCAAGAUAAAAAGAUACUAUCUUGCGUCCCUGAUAAAAUUGACCUACAUAGUGCACUAGCACUAAAAGCAAAAGAAAUAAUUGAUGAAGUGAUUAACUCAGCCAAACAAAAGCUGGCAUCUAAUCAGUGGCAAGCCAGUGAGAGUAAAAGGCCUUCUGAAAAGGUUGAGCCUAAACCUGAGGCUGGAACACCAAAUAUUUCAAACCUGAAUAUGAAGUUACCUGCCAAAACACAAGAAGCAACAGAGAAGGAGGAAAUUUGGAGGGAAACUGUAAACUGUGAAAGGGCAGAUUGCUCAGGUCCUCUUUUGCUUCCAAAUAGUAUGGAAAAUGGCAUAGAUUGGCCUCAAAGAUGUGAAAAGAUAACAAAUAAUGCAUUUACCCAUCAGACAAAUGGAUUUCUACCCACUUGUAGUUCGGCAAGGCCAGAAUCAGAUCUUAUGACACCAACAGAAGAGAGACACGAUAGAAAGGUGUGUGAACAUGUGGCUGCAGCAGAGAUGUAUGGCAAAGCUGGAGCAUCAGCAACUGGUAGAAAAUCUGAUAAAUCUUUACAUUUAAUACGUAGAGACGCUACUGUGAAUGAGGAGAUGCUUUUAUCAUUGCAGUUAAAAGAUUCAUGCAAUAGCACAAAUAUGCUAGAGUGCACAUUGCUGCCAACUGUAAACGCUAAUUUGUCACUUUUUGUGCCUGAUGAAGAAUGUAUUAGCAUGCAGAGUGAAUCCAAAGAAAAAAGCAGUCCUCGGGGUUCUCUGGAAAGCAAUGCAGAGGACAGUCUGUAUGAACACUGUGGAAGACAGGCUGCAGAAGUACUUGCACAAGUAAAAACAACCUUAGAAGACUCAAAGGCAAUGGAGAGUAAAGAGAAACUAGCAGAAGGGGCAAGUGAGAUAGCAGAGGUUAACAUUGGAUUAAAUACACAAUGUAUUGUACCUGAAUUAUGUGUUAUUCAAGAGGACUGUGAAGGGACAAACUACUCCAACACAGUCUUUGCCCAAAAUAAUGAGAAUCUGAAGCAGGUACAAAUAAAGGAUCAGGACAUGAAGGGAAAUGAUCAGCUUGAAGAAAAUGGUCUGGACUGCAGCAAUGACAUGAAGGAAUCGAUGGAUCUUUUGUCCUUUUCUCCUCUAAUUGAACAGUGGGAAAACAAUUCUUUUACUAUCAUUUAUGAAGGUACCCUUCAAACUGAGAACAAAUCUGUCUCAACUGAUGAUCUGCAAACUGGUUCACUUUCUACUUCUGAUCUGCCUACAGAUAAUAUAGAUCAUCUAAUCUGUGAAAGAGCAAUGGAUAAACAUGAGCCAGCCUGUCUUUAUGGGAAAGAUAACAAAUUGAAUGAAGCAACAGAUAGCCGUAGCUUGGAGUCAUUUCUGAGUGUAGAGGCCAAGCGCUGUAGAGUAUAUCCCUUCUCUUUGUCUCCAAUAUACGAAGACGACAGCUCCCAAGAAGACUUACUUUCCACGGACGUGUCUCCAGAAUGCUAUCAUAGUGGAAUAUCUAAAGAUAACACUGACCACGCUUCUGUGCUUUCCCUUCUCCAGUCCGUUUCUGAGCGCUUACAGUUUACUACUCGCUUCAAACAACUUGACUCUCAGGAGCAACCAGAACUCUUGCCAGAUGCAGCUUCUCCCAGUCAAGCACCUUGUAUGCCAGUUUCACAGAAAGCUGAUGUUGCUGUAAAAAGUCCUCCUACAAGUGUGUACUACCAGUAUUUGAGAUCUGCCAGCAAUUGCUCCUCUGAGAAGGGGACCAGGUAUGGAAGCAUUCUCCAGGAUAUGUUGCAGCCCAAGAUUCAUUGGUCUCAAGAGAACACCAUGCCAAAACUAGGAGAAUUGUCAGUGAACCUCAUUGACAGGGCGAGUCUCAAAUACAAUCCAAGACCAGGAAAGAUUAUUAUUUAUGAUAUUCAUGGCAACAAAAGUAAAAAAGAAGUUCAUUCUGAUGUGCUAGAUACCACGUCCUGGAUCUUUCCCAUUGGAGGAUUACUUAGGAUAAUUAGAGGAUGUUGGAUUUUUUACGAGAAACCAAAGUUCCAGGGUCGGAAGUAUGUACUAGAAGAAGGAGAGACUGUGUUAGAUCACCUUUGGGAUCUCCCAGGCGUGAAACAUCGUCGAAGAAACCUCACAGUUGGUUCAAUCAAACAUGUAACAAAGGACUGUGGUGUUCCAGAGGUAGAGUUCUGUCCAGGAGCCAGUGCAGAGGGACUUUCUAUCUGCAUACAGAGUGCAGUUGCUAAUUUAGAAGAACUGGAUGUUGAGAAAAACCCUUAUAUAAGUGUCAAAUCAGGAGCGUGGCUUGCUUAUUCAGACUUCAAUUACAAGGGAGAGAGGAAGGUUUUGGAAGAAUGCAAUUCACCAUCUGAAAUUCCUUCAGCAGAUGUGAAAUCUCUGCGUCCCUUAAAAAUGGGUGGACUAAAGGUACAAAUGCCGAUGAAUGUCAAGAUAAUAAUAUAUGAGAAAGCCCACUUUGAAGGAUGGUCCAAAGAGUUUUCAGAAAACGUCAGUUCUGUCCCAGCUCUGUUUGGUAGCGAAGAGGAGUUUCAGGAAAUUGGAUCAAUACGUGUAGUUGGUGGAGUAUGGGUUGCCUAUGAUAAGGAGCGCUACAAAGGCCGUCAGUACUUGCUUGAGGAGGGAGAUUAUGAAGACAGAUACUUAUGGGGGGGAACUGACAGUUUCCUCCUGUCUUUCCGGUUCCUUCAGGCUGAUUUCAUAGAGUCAUCAGUGGCACUUUUUCAGUCUGAUGAUGAGGAUGGGAAAGCAUUAGACAUCACCAAUGAAGAAAUCCCUGAUUUGGAGCUGGCUGGAUUUGGCCCAGAGACGAGAUCGAUUCUUGUGAGAAGUGGAGUGUGGGUUGCUUAUCAGCAGAAAUAUUUCUGUGGAGAACAAUAUGUAUUGGAGAAAGGAAAAUAUAAGUGUUUCUUUGACUGGGGAGGUUCUAGUAAAAUCAUCAUGUCAAUUCGUCCUAUUAAGUUGGAACCACUUGGAACGAAUGAGCCUCCACAUUUGCUCAAAGCUUUCAGUAAUACACAUUUCCAAGGAGCAUGUCUAGAUUUCACAGCAGAAGUUUCUGAUUUUACAUCAUUCAUACCAUGUUCUUUUAAGGUUCUUCGGGGAUGUUGGCUCCUAUAUUACCAAGGGGAAAUCACUGACAAUCACUGUGUGCUGGAAGAAGGCCUCUACGUUGACCUCAGUUCCUGUGGCUGUCCAACUGCUACAAUUAAAUCCCUCAAGCCUAUUCAAUAUGUUUUUGCUGAGCCCUCCAUCAGUCUGUUCGCUCUGGAAUACUGCAAGGGCAGAGAAUUGCACUUCAGUGAACCCGUCAAUUCUGUUUUGAAUGAGGACCUUCAUUUUUACACUCAGUCUGUAUGGGUGAGAAGUGGAUUGUGGAUUGCAUACGAGGGAUGUAAUUUUUUAGGAAAGCAGAUUCUGCUGGAGCCCAGUGAGAUUUCAAACUGGAGUGAACACAGUGGCUGGAAACUAAUUGGCUCCCUUCGUCCUAUGAAGCAGCCAGCAGUGUACCUCAGAGUGAAGAACCGAGCCCAAGGUAAAUAUUUGACAGUCGCUGGAAGCCUAUCAGAUGUAAGAGCAACAUCAGUGUGCGCGUCCCCAUACAAUGGCAAGAACACUCAGAUCUGGCACUACUGUCGUGGCCUCUUCAAAUCCAAGGCUAACAAUGCCUGUCUGGAUGUCAUUGGUGGCAGAGAUGUGCCUGGGGCCAAAGUCGCGCUCUGGGCAGAACAUGGGAAGGACAGGCAAAAGUGGAGACUCAAUGAGGAUGGAACCAUCAGUUCAUACCUCAGCAACAAAUUGGUGCUUGAUAUUAAAGGAGGAAAUUAUUAUGACAAGAAUCACAUCAUUAUGAAUCAGCUGACAGAUGACAAACAAUCACAAAAAUGGGAUAUUGAAAUACUGUGAGUAAAACCCACCACACAGAUGGACCUUGUGUGGCUUAUUACCACCU